GAAAAGGUGGACAUCGACGACAGCAAGAUGAAGUCCUCGCCUUGAAACGACAGUCAAGGACAGGGGCCCGUGAUGAGAGACUUCCGGAAACUCCAAGGACCAGCCUCGCAAACCUGGCUUCCCGCUUGGGCCAGGCCGGGUCUGACAGGGGUUUUGAAGCCCUCACGCCAUGCAUUGUCUCUUUUAGCAGCAUUAUUCAAAGAUGAUGUCAAAGUCUUCGCAUAAAGCCGUACUCCAUAUCGAUCGGUGAAGGUACGUGGUUGAGGAGCUGCACAGACCUCCCCAACCACGCAUCACCCAGCGCGUUUGGCGUUAUCCGCCAGCUUCACCUCGCUAACCGACAGAACCCAGCGACCAUGGGACAGCGUUGCAAGUGUGAUGUCUUCAGUGGCGAUAGAUGGUCACAAGCAACCUUGGGCAGGGACAGAGCAUGGCUGUUUCAUCAGAACCUUGGAAAGAAAAUGGGAUCAAUCGCGGGCCAGUCAAGAAACGUGGAUGUUGGCCUCGCCGGAACAUCUGUUUCUCCAGUGCCGGGCCUAGCCGAGAGUGAUUAGCGAGGCCGAGGCGGCGCCCGGUGAUUGGUAGAUCGUUAACCGCACACAGACAGCCCCUGAUCUCGUGUCUGCCACUUUUUCCCCUUUUCAUUGUUCGCGUUGAAAACCCUACCCUAGGUACAAAUGUUAGAUCGGAUCAACUCUAUGGAUGCUUCUCCACCUCCGCGAUGGACUGCUUCAGCCUCCUCCAAGGGGCUCCAUGGCCUUUCCACAGUCUUGCAGCCCUGACCUCUGCUUGGACACAUUGUACACCCAUCCCAGAUGUGGUCUUCGACUACGCUUCGCUGGCUCUUCUCCAAGGUAGACUCGCUCCAGCGAAUCAGCCAUAUGCUCUACAGUUCCCUUUACUAGAACUGGGUACAGCCGCUCUUACCAGGCAGCGGGCUAUGUUUCAACGUCCUAUCCCUUCAAGUGUGGUCCUGGCUCCACAGUCCAGCCACCACACGUCAAUGCAUACAGAAAGCUCACCCUGCAACCCUUCUUCAACCUCCCCAAGUAGGUGGUCUUCAACGCGGUGAUCAAAGCUUGUAAGUGGUCGUGUCUCCAGGCGGAAGCUGCAGUCUGGAACGAUGGUCUGUGAGUAGCAUAACUGUCAUGCGCGGAAGACGGCUUCGAUGAUGCCAAUAGAAUGCCAUUGUUUCAAACACCCCUUGCGCGCCACCCUACGGAUACCAUCAGGAGGUCCAUCUGUCAUUCACCUCCUGCCAGCCGGCCGAGCGACCCUGGACCUUGGGCCUACAAUGUAUAUAGAAGUCUACAAAUGGCCACGAACGCCAGGUUGGAUUCUCCAAACGUUUCCUCUCAUUUCAUCUCACCUCAUCUACAGAUAUCCAACUGUGGCAGGCUAGCCCUAGACAUUCCUUUGUUCAUCUCUUUGUCUUGCCUGGUGCAGACAAUCACAUUCAUUCACUUGAUUCACAAUCACCGGCCCAAGCCAAAGACCAACCCUCUCUUUGUCCGUGAAGAAAGUGCAAUCUGGCUAUUGCCCUCCCCAACACACUCAUUACAACCACAAACAAAGCACACCGCUACAGAGCUUCCAAACUCAACAUGCGUUCCUCCAUCAUAUCCGUGGCUACGACCGUUAUGGUCCUCAUGACUGCUUCGGUCAACGGCCACAUGAAACUCAAAUCUCCUGUCCCAUAUGGUCAAUCCACUCUCGACAACUCGCCGCUCCUUGCUGAUGGCUCCGAUUUUCCCUGCAAGCAGCGUACUGGCGUUUACGACGCUGAAGGUGCCGAAAAUGUCAUGACGAUCGGUGAACCACAGACCUUGAGCUUUCUCGGCAGUGCCGUCCAUGGCGGUGGUUCAUGCCAAGUCAGCUUGACAACCGAUCUAAAGCCCACGAAAGACUCUAAAUGGAUGGUCAUCAAGUCUAUCGAAGGUGGCUGCCCUGCUUCCGUCCCCGGAAAUCUCCCCGCAGAUCCGAAUGGUACUGGUGCUAGCACUUUCCAAUACACCAUCCCUGAUGGCAUUGCUCCUGGUCAAUACACCCUCGCGUGGACAUGGCACAACAAAGUGGGCAACAGAGAGAUGUACAUGAAUUGCGCGCCUGUGGAAGUGCAAGAGAAGCGAGUUGAAUCAGCGAAAAUGAAGCGAGCUGAAUCCGGGAAAAUUACGAAAAGGACGAGUUUCCCAAAUCUUUUUAUCGCUAACCUGGCUGGGAUCAAUGACUGUACAACUCCAGAGUCGUAUGACUACAUCUAUCCAGAGCCAGGUGACGAUGUGCAGACAGCCGGCCAGGGACCUUUCACCAAACUAAGCUGUGGUUCGGCAGGAAGUGUUUCUGCUGCUCAACCUACCGCGGCUGCCUCAGGUGCCACAGAAUCGAGCGUUCUGACUGCCGCUACAGUUCCUUCUGCCAGCCAAACGGUUGGUACAGAUACUACCGCUCAAGCGGCCUCGCCCGUGUUUGCGACUGGAAGUGCUGCCGUCAGCGGAGCGCCUGGCGUGUUCGUUUCCGUUUCCGUUUCCUCCGCGGCAGCAUCUGCCACUUCUGAAGCUUCCCCCGCGGCUACCAGCGCGAGCAACAGCAGCGAUACUAGCGACGCUCAAUCUGGAGCAUGUUCACCCGAGGGAGCAUGGGCUUGCUCUUCAGACGGCUCCAGCUUUCAACGCUGCGCCUCCGGCACUUGGAGUGUGCCCAUCGAGAUGGACACCGGUAUGCGUUGCCAACCAGGAAUUUCAACGGACAUCGCGAUGACUCCGGGCAAAGCGAAGCGACACCCGCACGGUCACUUCCGCCGCAUGUCUCGUCACUGGCAUUAGACAAUUUCAGUUUAUGCAUUUUACGAAUCACGUCUUGAUGUACGAUCUAUUUGGCAACACAGCCUGGAAAAUAUCAUGAUGUGGCAUUUUGACGCCAGGCAGUCUUUGGCCCCAAUGUCGCACGGAAUCAUGUGCCCGUGAACUGUAUCGUCGCUGGUAGUCGAAUACAGGCACUUGGGGUAGGCAGCAUGUAAAUACAGGAGCAAUUCAAUCAUUAAAUGAACAUACAAACGAAAAGUAUCCAAA